UGAUGCAUCUUAGAUGGCCGCUUGCAAGCUUUUAAGACCCCAGACACCACUCACCAAAGAUGUGUUCCACAUGGUAGUUGAAGUACCACGAUGGUCUAAUGCAAAAAUGGAGAUUGCUACAAAGGACCCUUUAAACCCAAUUAAACAAGAUGUGAAAAAAGGAAAACUCCGUUAUGUUGCCAAUUUGUUCCCUUAUAAAGGAUACAUCUGGAACUAUGGUGCCAUCCCUCAGACUUGGGAAGACCCAGGACACAAUGACAAACACACUGGCUGUUGUGGUGACAAUGACCCAAUUGACGUGUGUGAAAUUGGAAGCAAGGUAUGUGCAAGAGGUGAGAUAAUCAGUGUGAAAGUUUUGGGCAUACUGGCUAUGAUUGAUGAAGGAGAAACUGACUGGAAAGUCAUUGCCAUUAAUGUGGAUGAUCCUGAUGCAGCCAAUUAUAAUGACAUUAAUGAUGUCAAACGGCUGAAGCCUGGGUACCUAGAAGCUACUGUGGACUGGUUUAGAAGGUACAAGGUUCCUGAUGGAAAACCAGAGAACCAGUUUGCUUUCAAUGCGGAAUUUAAAGAUAAGGAUUUUGCAAUUGAUAUUAUUAAAAGCAUGCAUGACUAUUGGAAAGCACUGGUCACUAAGAAAACUGAUGGAAAAGGAAUCAGUUGCAUGAAUACAACAGUGUCUGAGAGCCCCUUCAAGUGUGACCCUGAUGCUGCCAAAGCCAUUGUGGAUGCUUUACCACCACCUUGUGAAUCUGCCUGCACAAUACCAACAGAUGUGGACAAAUGGUUCCAUCACCAGAAAAACUAAUGAAAUUUCUCUGCCUGGAAUACAAGCUGAUAUUGCUGCAUUGUUUUCAUCUGGAAGUAUUAGAAGCAAAAGUAGUUGCUUUUCAAAGAUUUACAUUUACAGAAUUAAUCUAAAGCAAAUUCUGCUGUGACCAAUCCCAUGUAUUCAGAAUAUUAUCUGGCUAAAAGCAUUUCUCAUAUCUCAACUAAGAUAACUUAAUACAUGCUUAUAUGUCAAAAUGGUUGCUGUAAUUUGGAAAAUUUGGUAGUCGUUUGUGAAUAGAUGUUCAAGAUAAGCGCAUAGUGGAUGUAUAUGUGCCGUGUGUUAGGAAAUAAAAUUAUUUUGCUGAAACUCUGUUUAGGGUAUUUUUAUUUUAAUCUGAAGCCUGACAUUGCCAAGCAGGCAUAGGUACCUUUUGAUGUUCCAUUUCAACCAGUGAUCUUAAAAUUCAGUUUUCUAAUUAUUGGGCUAAAACUGAUUGCUCCUUUUUAGGAACCUGAGGAUGACAUCUCUUUUCCUUAGAGUAGUCUCGAUACUGUGCUUUAUUACCUAGUUCCUGACAUCCCGACGUAGAGCUGAAGCUUUUUUUAAUUUAGAUCAUAUUCGCAGCAAGCACACACUCACCUUUUGAAGUGAUAUAGUUACUUUGUUUACUUCUCU